UUGACGGAGGAAAUUCUUUUCUUGAUAUGGCUUCAGAAAUCACUUAUGCAGAAGUGAGGAUCAAGAAUGAAUCCAACUCCUCGGUCACCUACUCAGGAUCUCCUGCAGCUCCCAGAGAGAAACCUACCCGUCAUCUAAGUAAGCCUGGUUCCCUUUUGGUGCCUUUUACAUCCCUUAUGGUACUUCUCCUGCUGCUAGCAAUCACAUUCUUAGUUGCUUUCAUCAUUUAUUUUCAGAAGUACUCUCAAUUUCUUGAAGAAAAAAAAGCUAUAAAAGGUAUAACUCACGAAGAAUUGAACUGCAUAAAAAAUGUUUCGCUCAUGGAAGAAAAAAGCUGGAGCUGUUGCCCAAAGGAUUGGAAGCCAUUUGGUUCCCACUGUUACUGGGUUACCACACAUACUUCAACUGACUCAGCAGCAUCUUGGAACGAGAGUGAGAAGAAGUGCUUCAGCAUGGGUGCUCAUCUCCUAGUGAUCCAUAGCAAGGAAGAACAGGACUUCAUCACUGGGAUCCUGAACUCUCGUGCUGCUUAUUUUAUAGGGCUCUGGGAUUCAGGUCAUCGACAAUGGCAAUGGGUUUCUCAGACACCAUACAAUGAGAGUGCCACAUUCUGGCACAAAGAUGAGCCCAGCAGUGACGAUGAAAAGUGUGUUAUAAUAAACCGUCGUAUGAAUUCUAAAUGGGGCUGGAAUGAUAUCCGUUGCAGUGAGAAACAGCAGUCAGUUUGUCAGAUGAAGAAAAUACACUUAUGAAUCAUACGUUCUCCAUGGGUAUGUGAUUUCACUGUUCACUAUUACACGGACACCUGGGAAAUUAUACAAAUGGAAGAGAUUGCCACAGAGUUUAAGUGGGAAGCAAAUGGUUAUGCAUAUGAGAACGCUGGCCCACAUGUAUCCUUGUGUAUUCAUCCACUUACUCUGUCAUAAAAUGAACUUUCAUUGAGAAUUUUCUACAUGCCAGAUUGUAUACAGAGUCCCUUUUACGGCAUACAUGGAGCUUUUCUGCCAAUUCCUCAACAUUUCAUUUACUCAUGUGAUUGUAUGAUAUGUUCCCUA